GGUCUCAGCAUGCACCUCGGGUACCUCAUCCUCGCAGCCUUCCUGAGGCAACCACUGGGCACCAUGGGACAGACCACUGUCACCCAGCAAGAAGGAGAAAUCACAAUACAGGAAGGAGGCACCUUUCAGACCACAUGCAUGUACCAGAUUUCUAAUUUUGAAAGCCUGCAGUGGUACCAGCAGAGGAAAGGCCAAGCUCCUCAGCUGGUCUUGUUUCAGGCAGCAGCUGGCUCCAAGCACAGAGGCCGUCUCACCACCUUGCUGAAUACCACAGGGAAAUACAGCCUCCUGCAGCUGGAGGAGGUCGAGGGCUCUGACAGUGCCUUGUACCUCUGUGCUGUGGAUGACACCCUGGAAAUAUUGUGUGAUUCUGACUAUGACUAUGGCAAGGUGACCUUUGGCUCAGGGACCAGACUGUCCGUCCAACCACAUAUUACUCCAUCUCCUUCAGCCUACAGGUUGGCCUCUAAAGAUGAUGAUGAGUUGGAAAUGUGCCUUAUCACAGAUUACUCCCCUGAAGACCUUACUCUUAACUCAACUGAUAAACAAACAAGUGCUAUUGUGGAGAUGGAAACACCUGAGAACAAGCGUGAAGCAAGCUACCUGGCAACCUACUGGGCCAAGAAAGAUGAAAUGCAGUGUGAUGCAAACCAUGAGGGCUUUGGAAAACUGGAGGGCAAAGAUCCUGAAAGUGGUACAAGCAGUGUCUGUGUUACUGGGGUGGCUCUACACUUCAGGACAGAUGAAAACCUGAACAUCCUGUCUUUAUCACAGCUUGGCCUGAAAAUAGUUUUAAUGAAAGGAAUAAUUUUUAAUGUGCUGAUGACUAUGCUUAUGUGGAAAAAAAAGUGAGUAUACAUGGGUGGUAAAAACUGUCAAAAAAUAUCUGGAUCAGAUCAUUAGCUAUGAAUGUUCCUUCUCUCUGUAAGAACAGUUUAUGCAGCUUCUCCAUACACCAUUUGUCUACCAACAGUAUAACCUCUCCACUUCUUUGGCCACAAUCAUUUUUUUUUCCCACCCUUCAAGCCUAUUUAUUUUUGCUUAUCCGCAAGUAAAUUUAACUUCGUCUUGUUUCUACAUACCUCUCCCUUCAUUUUCUACAGCUAUCUCUUCCCUUGUCUGCUUUCAUCCAUCCCCUAAGCAGU